AGGUCUGGGCAGUGUCUCUGCAGUGAUUGCCUUUCCUGUCCUUAAUGUGACAGAACUCUUGUCACUAUGAGAAGGGAUUCGGGCUCCAUGGGUUGGUUGCAGCAGCAAAUGCAAAUUAUGAUUCUUUUUCCUUGUUGGAGUUUUUCAGUUCUGUUGGAUGUGUAAUCCCAGCUAUGGCAACGAGAGUAGAAAUAAGUUCUCCUUUGGCGUCUUUGACGGCGGUCCCUGACCUGACUGAGCUCCGGAGCGAGGACAAGGCGCAGCGUGUGUAUGUCAGCGUGCUUUCGGACGCGAGCAACAAGGCCAAGGAGGCUUCUGCAUCCCUGACUCUCGAAGAGAACAAGAAGUUUGGGAGUUCCUUGAGAUCCGCAACGAUGCCGUCGCUGGGAUCGAGGCCGAGACUUUUCCCAAAGCCCUUUUCUAAAGAGAAGCCUCCAGAGGCUUUUGGAAAUGUUAAACCCCCUGUCCCAGCUUUCAGAUCCAGCAGUCGGAUCAGAAAGGCCACUGAGGAGACGUCGUCUGUGAAGGUGUUCAGUGGGAAUGUUCCUCCGUUAGUAGAUCAGAAGGUGAUUGAAACUGAAAAUCAGGCUGACAGUGACGUGGUCACAAACAUGACUUUCUACACUGGGCCCAGUGCCAACACGGUCAUUCUGUUUGAGCCAGCGGGGCCAGAGCAGGCCAAGGUCAGCCUGGCCCAGGAGAAGAGGGCUCAGGACCGCAGAGGAUUUGCUGCUCUGCAGACAAAGGACCUUCAGUGCAGUGUGAAGCUGGAGAAACCAUCCGAGGCAUCCAGGAACCCUGAAGGAUCUAUCCAUAGGCAGAUGUCGUUUUCCUCCAGUCUCAGACCUGUCUCUUGGAACUCCCUCAAAACUGGGGAAAAAAAAGAUGCCCGUGAAGUUCACCCAGGGGAGAAAAACAGCGAUGAUGCAAAUAAUCUCAACAAUAAAGUUGAUUUGUCUAUUGAUGUCCAGCAAAGGGCAAAACAUAGACCAGUGUCUGCUAUUUUUCUGGAAUCCUUACGAGAUCAAAAGCAUCACACUGCGGAAGCUUCUGAGGAAAAAUCUCCCCCGGAGAAAUCUGGGGUUAGAAAACCAAGGCCUUUGUCCAUGGACCUGACAGCCAAGUUUGAACAUAAAGAUCUUUCUUCUUGCAAGAAGACUUGUUCAUCCCAUGAAAGCAAGGAAAACGUAUCCAUAAUUACUUUUACUGAUGUGGGUUGUCAUGAUCAGUCUGAAAUGGGGCCAAAAUCGGAAGAAACUGAAUUUAAUAAAAGCAGUUCUUCUAAAACAAAUUUGAAAUGCAGUAGUCAGGACGUUGGCAUUCUAAACAAUGGGAAAUACAUGUGGGAAACAAAACUUAAAUCUAAAAGUGAACAAAUUGAGACAAACCCAGAAACAACUACUAACUUGCACAGUUCUGAAAGGAGCCCUGAAACAACCAGCGAAAGCAAAACUAAUAAGGGGGUGAAAAGGGCAGAUCAGAAGGAAACAUACACGUUUCUAGGCUGUGAAAGCCCUGCAGCUUCCUCGGAAAAAGAGAAUAAUAUCUUAAGAGGAAGUGUCAAAAAACACAUCAGUUUGUUUACUUCAGAAAAUCCCAGUCCUGCAGUGGAUACGGAGCUUCUCCCAGCGAGUGCUGAGAAGGAGAACAGGUGUGUGACCAUCCAGCAGAGAAUCAAGGAGCUGACAGCAGAAAACACUGACGUUAAGGCGGGGAACCCGCGCAGGUCACCGCAGUCACGGCCGCUCUCCGCGGACCUCACAAAGCUGUAAGUUGCAGAGAAGUUCUGUUUAAUCCUCUUAACUUCGUGUCGUUCGGUAAAACUUGCUCUCUCAAGUCCAGUAAAAUAACUGAUCAUUUGGCUUCCACUGAAUGUAGUUCUUUCUGCUGUUAUUCUUGAGCCC